GCAGCGCAGUUGUUUCCUUCAGAGUCUCCGAGACAUAACGGACGACCGGGAACAGCCAUCACAGCAACAAUAAAACGCGCACUUUCACUUCACGGGGCCGACUGACGGAGGAGGUCUGAGUUGAAGAAAGCGGUAUGGACGAGGAAGUAAUAAUGGUUGAGAUGGAACAAGAAGACCCAGUUAGCAGCAAAGGGGAGGCCGGUGCCUACAUGGUCGAAAACAGUCCAGUUAAAAGGGGAAGGGGGAGGCCACAAGGUUCCAAAAAUAAAGAGGUUUCUGCUUUAAACCUGAUCCAGGAUUCGCCUGAUUCCAACGGCCCGCCUAGACGAGGAAGAGGACGUCCGAAAGUCUAUGAAACAAAACCCACGGAGCAGCAAGACCCUGGAAAAGCUCCCGCAGAAAGCUCCAUUACAGCUCACAGGGGCAGAGGGAGACCGAAGGGCUCCAAGAACCAGAACAAAAGCGAAGCCGCCGCUAAAACAGAACUCUCGCCAAAGAAAAGAGGACGGCCAAAAAAGACUGACACGGUCAAGGAACCGGCUGCCGAAGGCUUAGUGAACGGUGGCUCAGAUGCUCCCAAGCGAGGGCGUCCAAAAGCAUCCAUAAAGCGCAAGUCUGAGAGCGUUACGAGUGGAGAGGAAGACGAAGGCAGCCCCGUAACACCUCGGAAAAGAGGCAGACCAAAAGGAGCUCGCAAUAAGAAGUCGAGGAUGGAACGGGAGUACAGCGAUUGGGACGCGGAAGCCUACAGAACCCAGAAAUUGCUGAAGGCGUCGAGAAGUCGGCCCAGGAAGCCUGUGGUGAAGUACAGCGUUGGGUCUUCUAAGACAAUCUCAAACAAACCUCGGCGAGGGAGAGGUAGACCGAGGAACAACUCCGACGGCUCUCAGCCAGUAAAAAGAGGAAGAGGUCGGCCUAAAGGGUCUUUAAACAAGAAACCGUCUUCAUUCAACACAUCUGGUCUUCCUGUAAAAGGGAGGAAGCCCGGCCGGCCGCGAUUACAGCCACGCAAAAGGGGACGACCACGGAAGCAUCCUCUGCCUUCUCCAGAGGAGCUGAAGAAGCCUAAAGUAUGGAAACCUCUAGGGAGGCCGAGGAAAUACCCUCGAGUCGACCCUCCGGAGGAAACAUCGCCGGCGUCUCGGCGAAGCCGCGGUCGGCCGCGCAAGUCAAAGUCCAAGAGAGGCGCUCACCUACGAAAGAGCGUGCCGACGACUCCGUCCUCCCCGCGCGCUCCUUCCGACAGACAUCAGAGGAAAGCGGGGCCCUCGACGACAGCAAGGAGCGAAGAGGGUGCCGUUCGGAAAAGGGGACGCCCCAAAGGCUCGCUCAACAAAAACAAAGCCAGGGGGGGCUCGCAGCGUGACGGUGUGCUCCCCAACCACCCCAAGGCAGAGAGUGACUGUCCUGCUGACGGGAUGGAAACAGCACAAGAGUCGAUGGAGGCGGAGUCGAUACCCGUUAAGCACACAGAGGAGACAGAAGAGACUGUCCUGGUUCAGGACGUUAGCUUUGACAUCAGCGAGGAGGCUUGAUGGACCAUCCAGUCUGACCAAAACGUUCUCUGUAGUCAUUGCUGUCGAGUCAUAGAUUACAUGUUUUUAACCUCCCGUCGGUUCGCUAGGCUAGAUUUUUCAGCGGCGUCUUUUCUAACAUGGUCAUCUCUUCUAUCGUGCUUGUUUAAAGCUAUUUCUGUCGUCUGAUUGUGAGGAAAGAGGUGAGAUUGAGAAGCAAUUUUAGUAGGUUCCAGAUGCGCAGCUCUGGUUUGCUCGCGAACUUCACGUUUUUUCGUGGUCUGACCUGGUGAAUCAGAUUUCGACCGACUGACGCGUUUUUUUUUUUUUGUUUGUUUUUUGUUUUUAUCAUAAACAGAAAUAUCUCUUCCGGUUUGUUGAGUCAGAUUUUUUCCUUUAGUUUCUCCAAGACUGUGACAGUGCUGGACAUUUGCAUGAAGGAAUAACAGGAUUAGCUAAAUUUCUGCGUCCAAGCAUAGGUCUCUAUCCAUUUAUCUGAAUUUUACUGCCAUAUUUUUCGGACCAUAAGGCGCAUUAAAUAUUCUUCCCAAGUGUGUAAUAUCACUCCGCCCCUUCACG